AUGGCUGAGGACAACAGCGCCGCGUGGCCCCAGGCUGACCAGGCCUUGUCGCAAGAGAUUCUCGACCUUGUUCAGCAGGCUACCCACUACAGGCAGCUGAAGAAGGGUGCCAACGAAGCUACCAAGACCCUCAACCGUGGUAUCAGUGAGCUGAUCAUCCUCGCCGCCGACACCUCCCCUCUUGCCAUCCUUCUGCACUUGCCUCUGCUAUGCGAGGACAAGAACGUGCCAUACGUUUACGUCCCUUCCAAGAUGGCUCUCGGCCGUGCCUGUGGCGUUGCCAGGCCCGUUAUCGCCGCCAGCAUCACGACAAACGAAGCCUCUGACUUGAUGGGCCAGAUCCGCACCCUUAAGGACAAGGUCGAGCGCCUUCAAAUCUAA